AUGGACCGUUCAGAGAAUCACCGCGACCUUAACGCCGUCAGCAACCGUCUGGCCGCACAGACCGAUCACCUUCAAGGCCACUUGCAGCAGCAACUCAACCUCAACAGCGCCGGUCAGGCUCGCAACAUGUUUGCCUCCAGACCUGCCGGUCUCGCAAGUCUAGGCGAAGAUGCCGAAGCCACCUCCGAAGCCGGUCAUCCGUCCCAGUCUCAGUCGACAUACGCUCGUCAAGGUGGUCCUCGCUUUGCUGGCAACGCAGCUUUCCAGAGCGCCAUGGCUCGCCAUUCGAAUCAAUCCGGCAACGUUGCUCCACCCUCUUCUUCUGCCGAAUUUCGCGCCAAUCUAUCCCACCAGCGUCAGCUCAGUCUGCAAAGCCGCUUUGCUGAUCUCGGUUAUAACGUCGGUUCCGGUCUUGGUCCCAGUCCGAGUGAAGCGGACGAUAUGACUGAUGAUGGCGCAAGCUCAAUUGGGUACGGCGCCUCGUCCUUUGACCCCACGCGAGGCCAACGCGGCCACGUCUCUGACUUCAGCUUCAGCUCUUCUGGCACCGCUUCGCACCGUCGCACCGGCAGCGAUAUGAGCGGCAUGCUCUCCAACAGAGGCCAUCAGCCCGCAGCAAGUGUUGGCGGCAACUCUAACUCGCUGUCCGCUCAGAGCCAGAUGCUCGCCGAGCAGCAGAUUGCCUUGCAGCAACAGAUCGAGAUGCUGCAGCUCCAACAGCAGCAACUCAUGCAUUCGGCAGGCCUUCCUCAACAACCUCACGCAUCGGGCGCCAACCCGCUCAAUGGUGGCAAUCACAGCUUCGGUGGUCAUCGCCGCAUUCAGAGUCAUGCCCCUCGCUCGGGUCCCAUGGGCAGCUUCUCCACUGGCACCUCCUUCAACAGCGGCGGUCUCAGCAACUUUGCUUCCAGCCAGCCUGCCACUCAGGCUUCUAGCCUGCCGCGAGGUCACGGUCGCCGACACUCGGUCAACGUGCUUAACAAAGCUAAUCAGCAGCAGCAGCAGCAGCAGCAGCAGCAGCAGCAGCAACAACAACAACAACAACAACAACAACAACAACAACAACAACAACAACAACAACAGCAACAACAACAGCAACAGCAACAGCAACAGCAACAACAGCCGCAGCAACAGACACAACAACAGCAGCAGCCGCAGCAACAGCGCGGCUCUCCCAACGCAGACAACACGCAAUCCAACGGUCCCACCAUGCAUGCCAACCUGGACUUUUCCUUCCCAAGCACAGCCAGUGCCCAACGCACAGCUCAAGCUGCUUACCAACCUUCGCAGCCCACCGUCGGUCACUAUGCUCGUCCCUCUGCUCAGCUGACCGAUCUAUCGCCCGACUAUCUCAUGGCCGGUGGCGGUCUCGUCAGUCUCAACUCCUUUGGCAUGGGUGGCUCCAUGACCGAUCUCGCAGAUGGCUUUGGUGGUGCCGGUGCCGGUGCUGGCACUCCUCGAGCCGGCCACGCUCGUGUUAACAGCACGCAGUGGCGCAUGAACGGUGCACAGGCUCCUCAGCUCGUCGAUCUGGCUCAGGCGCAGGCUCAUCUUGCCAUGCUCCACCAGUUCCGAGAGUCGGCCGCUGUCACUGGCCACUACCGCGCCCCCUCUAUCGGCGGUGCUUUCAACCCCAUGGCAGGUGGUUUUCCGGCCCAUCAGUUCGGCGGUGGCAUGGGCGGUAAUGGUCCCGGUGCCGUUCAGCGCAAGGCUCUCUUUGGCAACUACCUUCCCCAAGGUACUCUGCCUACCCUCCUUGCCCACGGCAAGAUUGUCGUUGGGGUGCUACGCAUCAACAAGCGCAACAGGAGCGAUGCUUACGUGACCACCGAGGUGCUCGACAGCGACAUCUUCAUCAGCGGCUCUAAAGACCGCAACCGCGCUCUCGAGGGCGAUCUCGUUGCAGUCGAACUUCUCGAUCCUCUCGAAGUCUGGAACGUUAAGAAGGAAAAGGAGGACAAGAAGAAGCGCAAAGAAGAGCAGAACGGACAGUUCUCGCGCAAGCCUGACAAGGCCAAGGAUGAUCUCGAAGUGGAGGGUGCCCAGCUUCGACUCAUCGAAGACGAGGAGGAGACCGAGCAGAGCCCACCUCAGCUGGCCGGUCAUGUGGUCGCCAUCGUCGAACGCUCGCCCGGUCAGCUCUUCUCCGGCACUCUGGGCCUGCUCCGACCCUCGUCUGCUGCAACCAAGGAGAAGCAGCAGGCCGAGAGGGUGCAGCGCGAGGGUGCCAACGCUCUUGCUCCAGAGGUCAAGCCUCGCCCCAAGAUCAUCUGGUUCCGUCCCACGGACAAGCGUGUGCCCCUGAUCGCCAUCCCUGCUGACCAGGCACCCGAAGACUUCUGGGCCGAGGAGGGUCAGGAGAGCUUCAACAGUCGGCUCUUUGUCGCAUGUAUCAAGCGCUGGCCCAUCACGUCGCUCCACCCCUUUGGCGCUCUCGUCGAGGAGAUUGGUGUGAUCGGCAACGUUGAGGCCGAAACCCAGGCUCUGCUCAAGGACACGCUCAGCUCCGCCACCGAAGCGUUCACAGAGGGUGCACUCAAGUGUCUGCCACCUCUUCCGUGGAAGAUCUCCGAGAAGGAGUUCGAAACGCGCAAGGAUUUCCGCUCUCACCGCGUCUUCACCAUCGACCCUGAAACUGCCAAGGAUCUCGACGAUGCCGUGCACGUCGUACGCUUGGAGAAUGGUAACUUCGAAGUCGGUGUCCACAUUGCCGAUGUCUCGCACUUUGUCAAGCUCGGCUCGAGCCUCGACCGCGAGGCCCGCAAGCGCGGUACCUCGGUCUACCUGGUUCAGCGCGCCAUCCCCAUGCUCCCCCCCACGCUCAGCGAAGAGCUUUGCUCCCUCGUGCCUGACGUCGAGAGGCUCACAUUUUCCGCUGUGUUCACGAUGAACAAGGAUGCGCAGGUGGUGAACAGCUGGUUUGGAAAGUCAAUCAUCAAAUCGUGCGCCAAGCUCGCUUACGCGGAUGCGCAGAAGGUGAUUGAAGGCGGCGAGAUGCCCAAGGACAAGAUCAACGCACACCAGCCCAAGGAGAUCGCCGAGGACAUCCUCAUCUUGCACAAGCUCGCGCAGAAGAUGCGUGCCCGCCGAUUCGAGACGGGCGCCCUCCGCAUCGACAAUGUCAAGCUCAGCUUCAAGCUCGACGAGAACGGUCUGCCCACUGACGCCAGCAUCUACUCUUCGUACGACGCGCACCGAUUGAUAGAAGAAUUUAUGCUUCAGGCCAACAUGGCUGUUGCUCAGCAGAUCGCUGCUGGUCUACCGGACCUCGCGCUCCUUCGCCGACACGAGAAGCCGCUCGACCGACGUCUCGAAGGCUUCCUGCGUCGUGCCAAGUCGAUGGGUUACGACAUCGACAUUUCGUCCGGCGGCUCGCUGCACCGCAGUCUCAAGGAGGUUAAGGACGAUUCGGCUCGUCUGGCGCUCGAGGCCCUCGUGACCAAUGCCAUGACGAAGGCUAAAUACUUUUGCACGGGCAUGGUCGACAUUGCCAAGUACCACCACUAUGCGCUCAACGUGCCAGUCUACACGCAUUUCACAUCGCCUAUCCGACGCUACGCCGACCUGAUGGUGCACCGCCAGCUCGAGGUGGUGCUGGCCGAGCAGGACAAGUUCCCCGUCGACCGCGAGGCGAUGGCCAAGAUCGCGCAGCAGUGCAACGUGAAGAAAGAUGCGGCCAAGCUGGCGCAGGAGCAGAGUGCGCACCUGUUCCUGUGCUUGCUGAUCCACGACCUGACCAUGCGCUAUGGGCCCGUUGUUCGCUCGGCGACGGUGAUGGGGGUGCUCGAUGCAGCGUUUGACGUGAUCGUGCCCGAGUUUGGCAUCGAGAAGCGCGUGCAUGUGGACCAGAUGCCGAUCGAGAACCACACGUAUGACGAGCAGACCAAUGCGCUCUCGAUCUACUGGAAGGAGCACGUCGACGUGAUUGCCUGGCUCGCCGAGACGUCGGACGACGUACACGUAAAGAAGCUGCAGGAGGUGGCGCAGCAGCAUCAGAUGAUGGAGAUGACGUCGCAGUCGCAGACGGACGAGGCCGCGCUGUUUGCUGACGACGACGACGAAGACGACGAGACGUCGACGGCUGCCAUCAUCCGGCAGCAUAAUGUGGAAGCUGCCAAGGAGUCAGAACAGCGCGCAAAGAGUCUGAACAAGGCUGCGCUGCAGUUUGACGGUGUGCAGCAGGGGCGUGAUAACGUGCAGACGAUCCGCGAGUUGAUGCAUGUACCUGUGAUUGUGACUUCGGACAUGUCCAAGUCUCCGCCCGUGCUCAAGGUGUUUUCGGUCAACCCUUUCGCCGGUGGCCAUCAUCAUUAG